AUGGAAGAAGGUAAUUCAAUUAUCUACGGAUUAGAACACCAGACAAGAGCGUUAUCACCGCAAUACGAAAGUGAUGCCAUCAGAUUUCUGAUUGGUACGCAGAGUUUAAAGCCGCAGACAAAUCAGGUUCAUGUAGUAGAGCUUGAGGAAGAUACUGGAGCACUACACACUAAGGUGUAUAAACAUGAUAUUGGUGAAAUCUGGCACUUGCGUUGCUCGCCUCAUGAUGCAGCAACCUUGAUGACCACUCACAACUCUUACGAUCCAGAAAACUCUCAAUGCAGCAUGGGGGUGUCAAUCUAUAAGCUACCAACUUUGGAUGUAAUACCAAGAGACAUAGAUGAACUCAGCGCAAUGCAGAGUCAGAAUGCAGAAGACAUGGAACUACUCACUACUAUUAAUCCCGAGAAACCGGAAGAAGAGAUCCGAUGCUCUGAAUGGCAUCCAACGGACACUAAUUGUGUCAGUAUUGUCAUGGAUGGUAGCAUAUCGGUGCGUGAUAUCACUACUACCCAAGGUUAUAAUAUCACACCAGAAGGCCGUACCAGACUCAAAUUUACUGGUGGGAAAUGGAGUCCACAGGCAGCACACCAGUUUGCAGUACUGCAAGAUACUCAUGUAAAAUGUUUUGAUACUCGGGCAGACUGCAAACCAGUGUGGGGCAUUGACAAUGCCCAUAGACAACUAGCUCGAGAUCUAGACUUCAAUCCAAAUAGACAAUUUCAGUUGGCGACAGCAGGUGAUGAUGCUGCACUCAACAUAUGGGACUACAGAAAUCCAAAAGAACCCAUUUUCAGUAGAACUGAUCAUUCACAUUGGGUAUGGACAGUACGUUACAACACAUACCAUGAGCAAUUACUUGUAACGGGCAGUUCCGAUGGAAGAGCAUUGCUUACUGCUGCUGCCAGUAUCUGCGACACUGAUGAUGACAAGAAACUUAGUCAAGUUCUAGAAGAUGGCGUUCUUCAGUCAUAUGAACAACAUGAAGAUUCAGUAUAUUGUGUGGAAUGGAGUACUGCUGAGCCUUGGACCUUUGCCUCACUAAGUUAUGAUGCAAGAUUAGUACUGUCACGGGUCCCACGACAUUUUAAAUAUAAGAUUUUACUAUAG